AAGCAUGAUCAAGAUGAACUGCGUCCUGUUAACGGCCUGCAUUGUUCUGGUUGCCUUUUGUAGUUGUGGUUAUACCCUAAGGUGUUACCACUGUGAGAACAGCCCUUCCUUGUGCAAGACCAAUAGUACUUGCUUAGCAAUUGAAGAUACUUGCUUGCAGAUGAAAUUUGGUAAAUUGAGAACUUCCUCCUGCUGGAAGGCAUCCCAGUGCAGCAUGAAUGAUAUUGCUGAAUUCUUCCAGUUGGAUAAUUUUGAAUUCUUCUGCUGCCAACACGACUUGUGCAAUGAGAGCGCAAUUACUGGGGUUAACAAAGCGGCCUUCAGUAUCGCCUCUGUAAUGACCAUGUUAUGGAUGCUUCUGUAA